AUGUUGACAUUCAAACUUUCUUCAUCUUCCAAAAUCUACACUUUCUUCCUCUUAUUUCUUCUACUCAAUACAAUUUCUCUAUGUUCAUCUAUCGUACUACCUCCUACCCUAUUCCUUCCGGUCACCAGAGACUCAUCAACCCUACAAUACAUUACGGUAAUAGGGCAAAGAACUCCUUUAGUACCCGUAAAAUUCACAGUCCACCUUGGUGGUGGAAGUUUGUUGGUGGAUUGUGAAAGAGGUUACCACAGCUCAACUUACAAACCGGCUAUUUGUAAGUCCAAACAAUGUUCUUUUGCCAAGGUUGAGUCUUAUUCCUGUACUGGAGACUACACCUGCCUCUCUAAACCAGCUCGACCACGGCCUGGAUGCAACAACAAUACUUGCCAUUCUUUUGUUGUAAAUCCUGUUAUUAAUACUUACACGUACAGUGCAGAACUCGCUGAGGAUGUGUUGGUAAUUGGUGUACAGCCAAUCAUCCUCGUCUCUAAGCCAAGAUUUAUCUUCACUUGCGUUGAGUCUUAUAUAAUGGAACGUCUCGCCAAAGGAGUCACAGGAAUUGCAGGUUUUGGAUACAAUAGUACAAUUUCCAUUCCUAAUCAAUUUGCUUUAAUAGACUCAAGAUUCAGCAGGAAAUUUGGUAUUUGCUUGAGCUCAUCUACAAGAUCUAGUGGAGUUAUUUUCGUUGGUUCUACUCCAUAUUAUGUUUACUAUCCUAAGAUUGAUAUCUCCAAGAAUCUUGUCUAUACCCCACAAGUCACAAAACCCAGGGACUGGAUGAAUCCUUCGGAGUACCAUGUCAAAGUUUCAUCCAUUCGAAUAGCAGGAAAAGACGUGCCACUUAAUAAAACAUUGUUAUUUAUUAAUGAGCAAGGAACAAGAAUCAGCACAACAACACCUUUCACAAUUUUGGACACUAGCAUUUAUGAAGCUGUUAAAACUGCUUUCAUUAAGGCGCUUCCUAAGAAUGUGACAAUGGUAGAUUCUCCAACAAAGCGAUUUGGAGCUUGCUUUAGUUCCAAAAACAUUACAAGUACAAAUGUUGGACCAGAUGUUCCUGUAAUCGAUUUUGUCUUUCAUAAGCCGAGUGCAUUUUGGAGGAUUUAUGGGACAAAUUCAGUGGUACAAGUUAGUAAGGACGUUAUGUGUUUAGCAUUUGUGGGACAAGACCAAUCAUUGGCACCAUCGAUUGUGAUAGGAGGGCAUCAAUUGGAAGAGAACCUAUUGAUAUUUGACCUUCCACAUAAGAAGAUAGGUUUCAGCUCAUCACUCAAGCUCCAACAAACAUCAUGUUCUAAGUACGAUAACUUCUCUAAGAAUUAACGACAACCUUCUUACCGAGGCAAAUGAUGAACUCUUAUUUUCAUUUUUAUGUUUCCAUUUCUUCUUCUUAUUUCUUUUUGUGCU